GAAAGGAGAUUACAGCAGCUACUGGAUCUCUUUGGGGUCUCUCUUUCUUCUAUUUCUUUCUCCAUUUCUCCAAAGUUUAGUUUCUUUUUCUAUCCUGUCCUUCUUUUAUCUGACUCUUCCUCUUUUUGCUUCUGUCUCUCUCUGUUUCCUCUGAUAAUCUUCCCCUUUUUUAUUGCUGGUUCAUUCCUUCUUUCCUCCGUUCCUCCUUUCUUUUCCGUCUCAGCCCACAAAUAGAGAGGGUACUCUAAUAAACCUCCCUCAGGUCUCCUGUCCCUCCACUCCUCCCUCUCCUUCGUCUUUUCUCUCUCCUCCUCUUCCUCCCCCUCUUCCCUCGCUUGCUCAUUCCUCCUUUUCUCAGCCAGUCCCAGAUAAGAAAGGGGCAGAAGCAACUCUCCUUAGCCACUCUCUUCAGAAACUGGAACCACCAGACAGGAGUGGGAGUUUUCUUUUUUAUCAUCUUUUAUUUCCUUGUUUUCUCUUUCAUUUCUGGACAGGUGAAGACAGAGCGCUCCAUUUCAGAUGCCUUUUAUUUACAUGCAGCUUUAAAUCUUUUCUUCCCACAUUGCCUUUUAAACAGCUCCAGUUUGGGCAUCACUCUUCAUCAUCCUCACAUCACUUCUACUCCCUUUAUUUUCCUCUCCUCUUAUCUGUUUAGCUUUCUUUGGCCACAUUUUUUCUUGGGUGGAUCUGGACCUUCACCGUUUGGGACAAGAAGGAAUUGAAACAAAGCCAUGAAAGACCUGCCCAAUGUCAAGCCAAUGGACCCAUCCUAAAACAAUCUCAUCAACACCCCAGGCAACAAAAUAACACCCAAGGACGAAAAGAGAAGACAGAAGAUCUGAUGAACCUCUUUGCUGCACAUGAGGAGAGAACAGGUGUUGCUUUCUGCUACUUGUGCUCUACAAGAAAAGUGACCUCUUUAGAGUUAUAAGAACACGCUAAAGACAUUUUGGUCCAGGGUCAGACUCAUGGAUUGACUGUAAGGUGCAGAAACUCCUGCACAGAUGUUUUCCUAAAGUGAACUGGGGUCAAAGUGUGAAUGAGCCUCUCUUGAGUCUCUCUGCUCUGAGUGAAAACGUUUGAAUACAGGUGAAGAGCGUGUCAUGAAAGGCUUAAAUCUGACCUGGGGGUUGCUGGUUCUUCUGCUGCUGUGGACCUUGUCAGCUGUCACUGAUGCAGCCGGGGCAGAACGAGGAGGAAGAAGCCAGAGAAGAGGAGGAGGUGGAGGUGGAGGUGGAAUCUCAGAGAAGCGGAGGAGGUUUCACCGCAUCCAGCAUGGCCAGUGCAGCUACACCUUCAUCCUGCCGGAGCUGGACGGAUGCCAGAGUGGAGGAUCACCACCGCAGACGGAGCAAUACGGGGGCUCUCGUGGCGGGGCAAGUGUCGUACAGAGAGACUCUCCACCUGUGGACGGUGAAUGGUCGGCCCAGAAACUGCAGCACCUUGAGAGAACAAUGGAGAACAACACGCUGUGGCUGCAGAAGCUGGAGAACUUCAUUCAGAGGAGCAUGAGGCGGGAUGUUGCUAACAUACAGUCACAUGUCGUUCACAACCAAACAGCCACCAUGCUGGAAAUCGGGACGAACCUCCUCACACACACAGCAGAGCAGACACGCAAACUGAACGUGGUCGAAGCCAAGGUGCUGAAUCACACGUCUCGGAUAGAGAUCCAGCUUCUGGAGAAUUCUCUGUCCACCAACAAGCUGGAAAAGGAGCUGCUGCUGCAGACGUCUGAGAUCAGUCAGCUGCGAGACAAGAAUAGUCGUUUAGAGAGUAAAGUUCAGAUGCUGGAGUCUCAGCAGAGAGGAGAGCUGGAGGACAUGAGAGUGGAGAAGAAUCGACUGCAGUCUGUCGUCAGGAAUCAGAUGGUGGCCAUUGAGUCUUUAGAGAGGCAGCUGCGAGUGGCCAGCAGCAACAACAGCGCCCUGCAGAGACAGCAGGCCCAGCUAAUGGAGUCGGUCCACACACUCAUCAACAUGGUGGCCAGUACUACAGGGUCACCUCCUCGGACCCAGAUGUGGAGGGACUGUGCAGAUGUUUACAAGGCUGGUCACUCUGUCAGCGGUCUAUAUCACAUCUACAUCGGCAACAGAACUGAACCCGUGCAGGUGUACUGUGACAUGGAGACAAGUGGCGGGGGCUGGACGGUGUUCCAGCAGCGGUUUAACGGCAGUGUAGACUUCCAAAGAAGCUGGCAGGAGUACAAACUGGGUUUCGGGGAUGUGUCAGGAGAGCACUGGCUGGGUAACGAGGUUUUACACCUGAUGACCAGUCAGGCCCAGUACUCUCUGAGAGUGGAGCUGAAGGACUGGGAGGGAAACUCUGCCCACUCCCAGUAUGACCGCUUUACACUGACCAGUGAGAGACAGCAGUACAGGUUGUAUCUGAGGGGCUACAGCGGUACAGCAGGAAGGCAGAGCAGCCUGACCACACAUGGAACCGGCUUCAGCACCCGGGACCAGGACAAUGACAACUGCGACCACUGCAAAUGUGCUCUGAUGCUCACUGGAGGUUGGUGGUUUGAUGCCUGCGGUUUCUCCAACUUGAACGGUAUCUACUAUACCGUCGGCCACAACAUCAGGAAGCUCAACGGCAUCAAGUGGCACCACUUCCGAGGCCCCAGCUACUCCCUGCGCUCCACAUCCAUGAUGGUACGACCGUACGACUUCUAACAGCACCCCAGCAUUUCCAGAAUGGUUUGGUGCAUGACGUCUGACAACAGUCCUAAACGCUUUCCUAAUGAUGUGCAACCUUUAAACAAUUCCCCUCCACCUUUUGGAUCCAACAUGUGCGGCCAUGAUGGUGAAACUCCACCUCCAUGCUCUUGCAGCGAGCUGCUUCACUUGAACUUUGUGUCUCUCGACCAGGUUGCAACUGAAAAUGAGAACCAGUUCUCAACUAGCCACCUGGUAGAAUAAAGGUUAAAUAAAAUAAAUAAAUAGUUCAUAUUUCUUGA